AUGGGUAAGGAAAAGGUCCACGUAAACCUCGUCGUUAUUGGUCACAUCGAUUCUGGAAAGUCCACUACUUUCGGACACCUUAUCUAUAAGUGCGGUGGUAUCGAUAAAAGAACCAUUGAGAAGUAUGAGAAGGAAGCCAACGAAAUGGGAAAGUCCUCCUUCAAAUACGCUUGGGUUCUCGACAAGCUUAUGGCUGAAAGAGAAAGAGGUAUCACCAUUGAUAUAUCCUUGUUCAAGUUCCAAACCGACAAGUUCUACUUCACAAUCAUUGACGCCCCUGGUCACAGAGAUUUCAUCAAGAACAUGAUCACAGGAACUUCACAAGCUGAUGUUGCCAUCCUCGUCAUUGCAGCAGCAAUAGGAGAAUUCGAAGCCGGAUACUCAAAGAACGGACAAACCAAAGAACACGCCCUUCUUGCUUUCACUCUUGGAGUCAAACAGAUGAUUGUCGGAGUCAACAAGAUGGACGACAAGUCUGUUGAAUGGAAUCAAGACAGAUAUCUUGAAAUCAGACAAGAAGUCUCAGAAUACCUUAAGAAAGUCGGCUACAACCCAGCCGAAGUACCAUUCAUCCCCAUUUCAGGUUGGUUAGGUGACAACAUGGUUGAAGAAUCAGCCAACAUGCCUUGGUAUGAUGGACCAACUCUUCUUGGAGCUCUUGAUAACGUCCAACCACCUAAAAGACACGUUGACAAACCACUCAGACUUCCAGUCCAAGACGUCUACAAGAUUCCAGGUAUUGGGACAGUCCCAGUCGGCAGAGUUGAAACUGGAACCCUUAAACCAGGCACAGUCAUUGUUUUCGCCCCAUCAGGAAUUUCAACUGAAGUCAAGUCUGUUGAAAUGCACUACGAAUCCCUCGAAGAAGCCUUACCAGGUGACAACGUUGGUUUCAACACCAAGAACAUUGGAGUCAACCAUAUCAAGAGAGGAUACGUUGCCUCAGACCCUAGAUGAGAUCCAGCCAGAGAAUGCAUUGACUUCACUGCCCAAGUCAUCAUCUUAAACCACCCUGGCCAAAUCUCAGUCGGCUACGCCCCAAUCCUUGAUUGCCACACUUCUCACACUGCUUGCAGAUUCAUCGACCUUAAACAAAAAGUCGACAAAAGAACUGGAGUCGUCCUCGAACAAGAACCUAAAUUCGUCAAAUCUGGAGACGCUGCAAUUGCUACUUUGAUCCCAUGCAAACCCAUGUGUGUUGAACCAUUCACAGAAUACCCACCACUUGGAAGAUUCGCCGCCAGAGAUAUGAGACAAACCGUAGCUGUCGGUAUCAUCAAAGAAGUCAACAAACUCGCUGAAGGGCAAACCAUAUCUGCUGCCCCAGGAGAAAAGAAAGCAAAAGGAGGAGCCAAGAAAUAA